UCGUCAGUGAUCGGACGGAGGUACAACAGGCGGUGCAGUCAAUGGUCUGGGCUCUCAAAAUAAGGUCAAAUGGCUCUUCCUAAAAGAAAAAGCAACGAAAAGAUGAAUAAAGAUGACAACAAAGCACAACCAGAACAAAAAAGGAAAAAGAAAUAUGAAGAAGGAAUCCCAUCACCAUUGAUUUGGCAGGCUGUCAUUCUUGUGGUGGUAGCAAUAUUUGUAGCUUGUAUAGUGUAUAAUACAAACCUGUGGCCUAAAGGUGGCAAACUACACUCACAGACAGACACAACACAAGACAAACAACAAUCAGUGAGACAAGAGAAACAAACAAAAAAAAAUACAAAAACUACCAGUUCGUCGAGUAAGAAUAAAGAGCCAGAGAAGCAAAGCAUACAGCCCAAAAAGGAAAGCUCUGCACCUACAGGGACAAAUAAAGAAGCUAGGAAUGUAGCAGAUCAGAAGCCUGAUCAAUUUGCAGCAAUCACUAACAGUUAUGACGCGAAUAUAUCAAAGGAACUUAAGAAAGCAAAUAACUUGCUGGUGAAAGGCAAAAUAGAAGAUGCCUUGAGAAGAUUUCGUGGAUUACUUGAUAAAAAUCCCAAGAGUCCAAGAGCCCAUUAUGGUAAGGCACAGACUCUAGACAAACUCUCAGAGAAGAGACAAAGUAAUGAACUACUACAAGAAGCCAUUGAUUCCUAUGCCAAAGUCCCAGAUGUGUUGGAUUGUCCUUUAGAACUAAAGAAGCUGGCACUCACAAGAAUGGCUGAUAGACUGAGCUUUUUUGGAAGAUUGAGACAAGCAGCACAAACUUACAAGAAGCUGUCAGAACUCUUUCCUGAUGACAUGGGAAUCAUGAAUGACCUUGGGGUGCAGUACCUUAUGUAUGGUAAUAACAAUGAUGCUAAGAAAAUAUUCAGAAAGGUCUUGAAGAUAAAUCCAAACAGUGGCUUUGCAAAAGCACAUCUUGGGUUUAUACUCAAAUCAGAGCUGAAGUAUGAAGAGUCAGUUCCUUUACUUAGAGAGGGUAUACAAAGUGGAGAGCCAGAAGCUAAUGAUGGGCGCUUUUAUUUUCACCUGGGAGAUGCUUUGAACAGAUUAGGGAAACCACAAGAGGCUUAUGAGGUGUAUGUACAAGGUGCUAACAAAGGUAUCUUCUUGUCACCUUAUCAACGAUCCCUCUACAAUGCCGAUACACCUUUGAGAGCAAGACCUUGGUGGAAGCCUGAAGAAACUGGGUACAUUGAUGCUAUCAGGAAGCUUGAGAGUAACUGGAAAACUAUAAGAGAUGAAGGGUUGUCUAUCAUGGAUGAGAAAUCAGGUGGAUUUGUCCCAGAAGAAGAGAACCUAAGAGAAAAGGGUGAUUGGCUACAGUUCACCUUGUACCUACAAGGCAGGAAACUUAAGAAUAACUGCAGAAAGACUCCUAAGACGUGUGCUAUAAUGGAUAGUAUCCCUGAGUCAACAGGAUGCAAAAGAGGACAGGUGAAAUUUUCUGUAAUGCAUCCUGGUACACAUAUAUGGCCACAUACAGGGCCAACUAACUGUCGCCUGAGAGCACAUCUUGGACUGGUUAUCCCUGAGUCUGUUGCGAUCCGUGUAGCAGAGACCACAGGGACUUGGGAAGAAGGCAAAGUAGUUGUAAUAGAUGAUUCAAUAGAGCAUGAAGUAUGGCACAAUGGAACCAGUUUUAGAUUAAUACUCAUAGCUGAUUUCUGGCAUCCAGACCUAACGCUCCAGCAAAGAGCAGCUUUAUCUCCUAUAUAGAUGAAUAAGCAGCCUAGAUGU